AUGUUUUAAAUGUCCUGUUCUGUUUAUUUACAUUUGUUGGGCAUGUGUCAUGCUCAUAGCGUAAAGCAACUGAUAAUACAUAAUUACUGAUCGUUAAAGCUGAUAAGUAAUUCAAAUCACUAUUUAUUUACCGAGUCGAAAUGUAAACUCGGUAGCUUAAAUUGUGACAUUUAUAUGACCGUUAACGGUGCCGAAAGUUAACCUUGCUCUGUUGAUGUCAUCAGCUAUAAUAAGCGGUUCUUCAUUAAGUUAAAAUCGGCAUAGCCGUUACAUAUUUUUUAACUUUCAAUUGAUGGACGUUUUAUCGGGCAUUGAUUCUUAAAGAAGAGCGUUAUCAAAAUGGUGUUUGAAAGCGCAGUUUCGCAGGUCCUAAAUCAGUUUCUUGGCGAUUUUGUUGAAAAUCUCGAUGGAAACCAGCUGAACAUAGGCAUAUGGGGCGGGGAUGUGCAGCUUAAAGAUUUGGUCCUCAAGCCAUCGGCAUUGGAUGAUCUCGAUUUGCCUAUACAAACUGUUUAUGGAAAAAUCGGCAAACUUGUCCUGAAAAUUCCGUGGAAGAGCCUUUACACUUCCCCGACUAUUGUUUCCAUCGAAGAUGUCUAUCUUUUUGCAGAACCCAACUCUCAAGUUAAGUACGACGCACUGAAAGAGGACAAGAAAUUGAUUGAAGUGAGGAAAAAGGAAAUAGAAAAGAUUGAAAAUGCAAAAAAGGCGGAAAAAGAGAAGGACAAGCCGAAAGCUGAUCCUUCUUUUGUUCAAAAACUGACGCAGCAGAUUAUCAAAAACAUACAGCUGCAUAUAAAAAACAUUCAUAUCAGGUAUGAGGAUAGGGUAACCCAUCCCAAUCACCCUUUCGCUUUGGGGGUGACUUUGGCGCAAUUAAAUGUGGAGAGUACUGAUGCUAAUUGGAAAAAAGGCAUAACUGAUGAUUUGUCUAAAAUAUACAAGGUGGUGCAACUAGAAGGACUUGCUGUAUAUUGGAACUGCAACAGCGAUUUAUAUGAUCAGCUGUCGAGGCAGGACCUCGUCACAAGACUACAAACAGACAUAGCUUCCAAUGAUCAAAAACCUCCGGGCUACAACUACAUCCUCGGACCAAUAGUAGCAUCUGCAAGGCUAAGGAUGGUUCCGAAACCGGAUGAAGAAGACCAACCCUACUCUUUACCAAUGUACCAUCUUAACUUAGACAUGGGCAAACUCUUUAUUGGUAUAACGAAAGCCCAGUAUCGCGACAUAAUAGGUUUGGCAGACUCCAUGGACCGAAUGUCCAAAGGCAUACCUUACCGUAAAUACAAACCUGACGUCAAGUCCUACAAGGGCCAUUACAAGGAGUGGUGGCAUUUCGCCUAUAAAUGUGUCCUCGAAGGUGAGGUGAAAAGGCGCAGACAGAACUGGGACUGGGCGCAUAUGCUCGCUCAUAGGAACAUGGGCAGAGAAUACGGAGAGUUGUACAAGAAACAACUAAAAAAAUGCGCUAACGCAAACGAAAAAGAGAGGAUUACGGAGUGCGAGAAAAACUUGGAUUUGACUAGCGUCGUAAUCAUUAGGCAGAGGAUCGAGCUGGAAACGGAACGGCUGGAAGAGAUCCACAAAAAAACGGAAAAUAAGAGCGGAUGGUUUUCCGGCUGGUUCGGCGGAUCCAAAAGCAACCAGGAGGAUUUAGAUGCGCUAGACAAAUCCACGGCAAUUUUGAAGCAGUUCGAGAAAGAAAUGACUGCGGAAGAGAAGGCGCGUCUUUACAAAGCGAUCGGAUACCAGGAAAGCGCGGAACUCGCCGCUUAUCCCGAAGACUAUACCGACAAGUCGGUCAGCUUUUUGCUGAGGUCGCUCGAGGUCGAACUCAGAGACGACUCGACCACCAUACUGUUCUCGAGUUUGAGCGGUGUGAAGGUGACGUUAGAGACGCGAGUAGCAGCCGCGGCUAUGAAAGCCCGCGUGCAAAUAGAUUAUCUGAUCACCGACGGUCUGAGGCAGGACGAUUACGUGCCAAAAUUAUUGAUUCCCGAGGAGUUGCAGACGAGCUCCCUCAAGUGUUUCGUCGAUAUCAUGUUCGAGACGAACCCCAUCGACAAGACGUGCGACCAGAGGCUGAAAGUCGUCACCAAACCGCUCAAGGUCACUUACGACGCGCAGACCAUAAAUAAAAUCGUCGACGUGUUCAAAGUUCCGCCCGACUCCUCCUUGGACCAGCUAUCGGCGGCAGCCAGCAGCCAAUUAAGCAACGUCAAGGAGAUGACGGCGACCGGACUUCAGUAUGCAAUUGAGCAGCACAAUAGGCUCGACCUCGACAUAGAUCUUGCCGCGCCUUACGUUAUCAUCCCUUACGGGGGCAAGUACGAAGAGUUACAGAAUGUCCUUGUCGUCAACCUCGGUCGCGUGAAAAUCUUCUCUUCCGGAAAAAGGUCGUCUAUUAUGGAGGUCAAAAGAUUGCACGCCGAAGGGCUCGCCCACGAAGAGAUAUUCGAAAAGAUGAAGACGUUCAGUUACGACCACUUCAAAUUGGAGCUAAGUGAGUUGCAGGUACUGGUCGCUCAGGGCGAAGAGGACUGGAGGCGGUGCUUCGAUGGUUCCGUCAUCACCGAGAUGCAUCUUCUGAGCCCGCUGAGCUUAAGCGUCACAUACUCCAAGUGUCUGAUCACCGACGACCCUCGACUGCCCCAUACGAAAAUCAUUUGCGAUCUUCCAUCAAUCGAUAUGGCCGUAUCGGAUGCGAGACUACUGCUCCUGAUAUCGCUGAUCACCAGUAUACCCCUGCCACAAAACGACUUACCGGAACCUGAACCGCUGGUGAAAAAUAAAUUCUCCGGCUCCACCGCCAGCCUGCUGAAGCAUUUGCAAGACAACGCUAUCCCGACGAAGGCUUUGUUACCGACAAGGGACGCGGAUGACGCCAGGCAGUUUACCCAGUUUCAAAUCAUGGAUAUAUCCGUCUGUCUUUCAGAAAUCCGAUUUACUUUGAAUCAGCAAGAGACCCUGUCGUCGAAAAUUCGCCAGAUGGCGACCCUCGAGGUGAAAUCCUUGGAGGCGAAGCUGUUGCAGCGGACCUCGGACCUCAACGUGACCCUGCUGUUGGGCAGCGUUAACGUGGCCCAAAACAGGGACUCCCGAGUCAUUCCCGUGAUAAACACUCCAUUGGCCUCGUCGAACGAGCAGUGCUUGUUCAAGGUCACCUUUUCUCAAGUGGAUCCAAAAUCCCCGGACUUCCAUUCUGUGUAUCACUCGUGCGAGACGAGCGUCGGCCUUGAUUUUAGCACACUCGACGUCAUGCUACAGCAGGAGGCGCUACUCUCUCUAAUGGCAUUCGCCCAGAGCAUCCAAGAGACUGUAGCCGAGUUGACACAGUCGACGGUCGUCGUUUCUGAACCCUCCCACAGACUCCAGAGGACUCUGUCCACGAUAAGCGAGAUAUCCAAGGAGGCGGUUAAAAUCGCCAAGAAGGACAAGAAAAAAACGGAGUCGGUAGUCGUGGAGUCUAUCAAGUUUAAAGUUAAAGCUGACAUUAAAGAGGUGAUGAUCAAAUUCGCAACGGACUCGGCCGAUAUUUCGUCGGUGGCCGUGCGCGGCUUAAAUUGCGACGUUGCCAUCAAGUCCACCUACACCCAAGUCUUGGCCAGGCUCGCGGAUAUCGUCGUCAUCGAUCUCAAUCCCGAAACCAAGCACAGUAUGAUUUUGUCAACUGUGGAGGGUACCGCCCUAACCGCCCAAGUGGUCCUCAACAACUUGGAGGAAGAGUCCCAGAAGCCGGACAUCGACGUCACGGUCAAGAUGGCGGAGACGCGAAUCGUUUUCGUCAACUGGUUCGUCAGUAACAUGCUGAACUUCUUGAACCAAUUCCAAGCGGCGCAGCAGGCGAUAGCCGAAGCUUCGGAGGCGGCCGCACAGAGGGCGCGCGAAAACGUCAAAGAGGCGUACCAGAAGGCGACGAAAAUCGCGCUCAACGUCCGCCUGAGGGCACCCAACAUCAUAGUGCCCGUCAAUUCGAAGAGUACGGACGCCAUCUUGCUCGAUCUGGGCGUGAUCUCCGUCACCAACCGGUUUUUAGUGCUCGACGCGAAGAACGAGGACGGUUUCUCAGCGGUUGUGGACGAAAUGAAAGUCUCGCUGACCGACUUGAAAGCGUCAACGGUCGAACUAGACUCUAAAGAAAAUAUCGUCAGCGAGUGCGUGAUACUGGAGCCGAUCAAUUUCUCUGUUUCAUUGAAGAGGAACCUUUCUGCCGGGUGGUACAAAUCGAUACCCGACCUGGACGUCAGCGGAAAUAUAAAGUUGAUCGGUUUGCACGUCUCCCAAGCUGACUACCAGAUGGUUAUGUCGGUAUUGAGCGGCAAUCUGGCCGAAGGACAGACUAAGGAAGUGGCAACGCAAAGUGGAAAAGCAGCGGUCCUGUCGUCGAGUUCCGUAGCGGUUAAGCCCACGCUAGAAACGUCGACGGAGAUCGUAGAGAAAAAAGAGGAAACCAAGCCCCAGCUGUACGUGUUCCUCAAGUUUACCUUCGCCAUGGAAAAACUCAUCGUCGAUUUGUAUUCGGGCGGAUUUAAGCAGCUCGCCCAAACCACCAGGGAGGACACCCAUUUGGGAAGGUUCACUCUGGAAGGCCUUUCGCUCAAAGGACGUAUCUUGUCGGACGGUUCUUUAGUAACUUCCGUCCUGCUAGUGAACUGUCUGCUAGACGAUAUGCGGAAAGGUCGCGAGGACAAGCUAAACCGCUUAAUUGAACGUUCUCAGCAAGAUGAUGCCCUGAUAGCGAGCUCCAGCGAGUCUCUACAUCCCAGGAGUAUGAUCGACGUCACCUUUCAGCAGACCGGCAACGACGUGUUCGCCGAUGUCAGGGUGUACAGUUUCACGGUCAUUCUGUCUGUCGAUUAUCUCUUGAAAGUAGCGGAAGUGUUUUCGCUUCCGGCAGACAAUUCGAAAGCUGCCCAAAAGACCAAAUCGGUUCAAAGCAAAAGCGCUAAAACCAGUAAGGUAUCAGUGGGUACCAUUGAGGAAGCCAAACCCACAUCUCAGAUGACGCUUAACCUGAAGGUAGAGAAGCCCGAUAUAAUUCUCGUCGAGCACAUGGACAAUGUCGACACUCAUGCUAUGAUACUCAACAGCGAGAUUUUAGUCAAGUUUAGGCUGAGUGGAGAGCAUCAGGUUAUGAACGGACUCAUCAAGGACCUCCAGCUCUACACAUGCAGUUAUAAUCCGGCCAGAAGGGCCGAAACCAGGGGCAAUAUUUUGCAUCCGGUGACAGUGAGCUUGGCGGGUUCCACGCCCGAGGGCAAGGGACUUCACCUUGAGCUAAUGGUGGAGGAAGUGUUGUUAAGGGUGUCACCAGCGACUAUAGAAUUGUUAAAUAGAGUGCUGGUUACUAUGUCCCAGAGCUCGACUACGCAGAGCGCGCAAGAAGAGGAGCAGUUUAACUACCAGAACCUCUGGACGCAACGCGCCUUCAAAGAUAACGAUUUUUGGUUCCUGAAGAGUGAGACCGCGCAAGAAGCGACGGAGGAAGUGAUGGAACAAACCCUGGCCAAGCCCGCGUUACAAGAGCUGUGCCUCAUAUCGAUGCCGUCGCUGGUUAUCACCGUGGAAGCGGGUGUGGGCAACAAGACCCUACCCAUGUUACUAUUCGAGGCAAGCCUCAAAGGCAGCGCCAGGAAUUGGUCAUCGCAAUUGGGCGUCGAAGCGUCCCUGACCAUCCAGAUGGGCUACUAUAACAGUCGACUAGCACUUUGGGAACCUCUGAUCGAGCCCGUCGAGCGAAAAUCCGGAGACAGCCUAAAAUUCGAGCCGUGGCAUCUUAGGUUGGAGAUGUCAAUGAACGAACCUGACGAAGCGCUCAAUUUUACCAGCCCCGCGUCUGAAAACGAGGUGGAAGUUAUGGCGACUCCUCAGCCUGCGGUGAUGAGCGUCGACCUAAUCUCGGAGAAAACCCUGGAGCUUACGGUGACGAAAACGUGUUUGGAAGUGUUGAAGAAUUUGGGCAAGGCCUUUGCGUCCGCCAUGAAGCCGGAGAAGAUUGCUGCGAGUGAAGUAGUAGCUCCCUACAGAGUGUUGAACGAUAUCGGAGAACCCAUUACCCUCCUUCUGGAGGAGAGCUCGUUUAAAAUCGCGGAUGGCGGCUCGCUAGAGGACAUCAACAAAUCGGCAGCGGUGCCUUUGGUCUUAAAACAAGCCCGAUCACACGUUAUUCAGCUUGGCCAGGAAUUGAAUCGUAACGAGCUGGAUAAGCAAUACAUUUUAAACGUCAAAGUAAACAAAACCGAUUGCCAAUUGAGCUUGCCCGUCGUCAGGGCGGAUAAACGGUACUUUAUGCUGAACUACGUCAAGGAUAACAACAAUUGGGGCAUCAUAUCCGACGUGAAAGUCGAUGAAGGGGUCACCCUGAUCACCAUCAGGAGUAUUUUGCAAGUCUUUAAUCACUUCAAUGUCGCGGUAGAUGUUUACUAUAUGACCCAGAGAGGUGACGAAUUGGAACUGGUAGGCUCGGUGGAGCCGGGUGAUACUUUAAAUCUGCCCUUGAAGGCCGUCUAUACCCAAACGAACGAACUUUUUUUUGGUGUCAACGGCUACUCAGUCACUAGUAAUCCGUAUAUCUGGAAGGAUCUCCAGCUGGACGUCAACAUUGUGAAGCUACUUAGAUGUCCAGUGCUGAAGGAAGCCCACUCAAACGGCAAGAACCCUUUUAUUAUCAAAGCGAUUGGCGAAAUGGAACAGGUUUACUACGAGAACACUUCCCGACACACUAUGGCCAGUACUUGUUACAAUAUCCAUUUGAGACCGGCUGCCAUUUUGAAAAAUUUCCUGCCGUUGCCGAUUGUGGUGUGCGUGGAAGAGCUCGACGAGGACAUAGAGGUUAAGGCGGGCGACACUUUGCAGCUACCCGACGUAGACCCAGGAAAAUCUGCAAUCGUAAUUAGGUUGCCUGAGUAUUUGGAAAAGGAGUGGUCUUGCCGGAAAGAUACGGAAGAAAACCCACCAGAAUUCGAAGUCUGGACCUUCCAUAGCUAUGACAGUCCAACCAAGAGGUCGUUGGACCUCGGUAUGCACACCAUCAACAAGAACGGGUCGCUCAUUUACUCUUUGUACUGCCCAUUUUGGAUGCUGAACAAGACGGGGCUUAUGAUUGGUUACAGGAAAUCGAAAAAAACUGAGAAGCAUGAAGCGGCAGGGAGUCCCGCAAAGACGUCGGAUGAAAACCUGAACGUGUUACAUCACCCAGCGAACUUUAAAGGGCCGAUAUUGUUCUCGUUCAAUACCAAAAACUUCUUCGGAAAAAAGAAGGCCUCCAUUAGGGUGGAGUCGGGCGACUGGUCCGACAAGUUCUCGCUGGAUGUUGCCGGUUCGUCGGGCGUGGUCAAUUGCAAGUCCAAUAAUCGUGUGUAUCAGAUCGGCGUGCACAACCAGCUGACCUACAACAACCUGACCAAGCAGGUGACAUUUAUGCCAUACUAUGUCAUAAUAAACGACGCGCCGUUCGUCAUAGAGUGUCAGGAAAGUGACAGACCUGCGGAUCCGUGGGUCAAAAUCGAGCCGAAGUCUUGCACCGCCCUGUGGCCCAAGAGCGAGCUCGAAGACAAACUACUGAAGCUGAGGAUCGCCGGCACCGCAGAAAUAAGCCCGCCAUUUUUGUACACCGAAAGCCACACCACCCUACUUAAGCUGAACAAUAAGUACGGAGGCAUUAGUGUAGACAUUCAGCUGACAGAGGGUGCAGUCUACAUCAAUUUCGUCCCCUAUAGCGCGGGUAGCGCCCCGGCCCUCAUUAUCAAUCAUUCGGAUGUCGAUAUAAACUUCUGGGAAAAGGAGUCGGUUCAAAUUAGAACGCUCAAACCGAAGCACUGCGUGCUCUACACGUGGGAAAAUCCUUCUGGACCCCGGAUGGUGGUCUGGGAAAAGUCGCACAAGAACGAGAUCGAAAACGACCUGAGGAAAGACGACUGCGGUAGCUUCUUUGUGACGGAGCAAUGCGAGGUGUGCUGGUCUUCGUUUUUGGAUGGUAUGCAGAGGGUGUUGCUGUUCACCACGGACAGGGGGAUCGCUCAGGGAGCCACCAACAUCUUUGAAGUUAUACAGCAGGAGAUAACCUUGUCUUUGCACGGGCUCGGGUUGAGUUUGGUCAACAACCUCACCCGCCAAGAGGUCAUGUAUAUCGGUAUCGCGAGUAGCGGAGUGAUUUGGGAAACUUGCAAAGUCAAUAGGAAGAGGUACAAGCCGUUGGGUGCGAAGGAGUCCACCCACAUCGAGAACGCCUACCAAGGCUACUUGUCCAGACAAAGUACUUCUGAUACUUCGGUCAGUGGUCGUACCGUUAUCGACGGCAGCAUCGAAAUAGACUUCGAUCUGCAGCAGAUGUUCAAACCUCGUAAGAGGAAAAUUAGACGCACCUUCCAAACCGGGGUGUGGCUCCAGAUGAAGACCAGCCCGAGCCAGACGCAGCUCCACGCGAAAAUCAACCGGCUGCAGAUCGACAAUCAGAUGUCCGACUGCAUCUUCCCCAUCGUUCUGGCGCCCGUGCCGCCCCCUAAGAGUGUGGCCGUCGACAGCGGCAUCAAACCGUUCGUCGAGGUCAGCAUUGUCCAGUUGCUAAUCAAGAACAGCCAGAUCAGGCAGUUCAAGUACUUCAAGGUGCUGGUCCAGGAGUUCCACGUGAAAGUCGAUAUGGGCUUCGUCAACGCGUUGAUGCACAUGAUGGAGGAAGCGGAGAGUUCCGACGAGGAGGACAGGCAACUGUUCGUUACGGACAUGCAACUCGUCCACCAAGCUCUGUACUCGCACGCUUCAAGCCAAGCUCUUCAAGAGCAGAAAAGCUUCUACGACUUGCUCCACUUUUCCCCCUUGAAGAUCCACGUGAGCUUUUCGUUGGCCGCCGGUUCUUCCGCAGGCCAAAGCGCUUCCACUCCCAAUUUCCUCAACGUCCUUCUCCAGGGGGUGGGCGUCACAUUAACCGACCUUCAGGAUGUCGUGUUCAAGUUAUCGUUCUUCGAACGCGAUUACAUUUUCUUGACCCAAAGACAGCUGGUGUCCGAAGCUAUCAGCCAUUACCAAGGUCAGCUGAUCAAACAGUUGUACGUGCUGGUACUCGGCCUCGACGUCAUCGGCAACCCCUACGGCUUAGUGAUCGGGAUAAGUAAGGGCGUCGAGGACCUGUUCUACGAACCGUUCCAGGGCGCUAUUCAAGGGCCGAGCGAGUUUGCCGAAGGACUCGCCUUGGGCGUGAAAAGUUUGUUCGGGCACACGGUAGGCGGAGCUUUGGGCGCGGCCACCAGGAUCACCGGGGCCAUGGGAAAAGGCAUUGCGGCGCUGACGUUCGACGAAGAGUUCCAACGAAAGCGACGAGAUCAGAUCAACAAGAAACCAGCGACGGUCCAGGAGGGAAUCGCUAGGAGCGGCAAGGGGCUCGUUAUGGGCGUGGUGGACGGCGUCACGGGGGUGUUCACGAAGCCGGUGAGCGGUGCGAAGGAGCAGGGAGUCGAGGGCUUCUUCAAGGGAUUAGGCAAGGGCGCGGUGGGGUUGGUCACCCGACCCGCCGCCGGAUUGGUCGAUUUCGCUAGCGGCUCUUUGGACGUAGUUAAAAGAGCGACGGAGGUCGGCGAGGACACGUUGAGGCUGCGUCCGCCGCGUUUUCUCCAAGCGGACGGCUUGGUCAGGCCUUACAACAGCGUCGAAGCGGAAGGUAACAAACUGCUGAUAGAACUGUGCAAGGGAAAGUACUCGUCGACGGACGUGUACGUGUAUCAUAGGGCGAUAGUUAAGAACAAGGAAAUUUUGUUGUUGACCGAUAAGAGGAUGGCGUACGUCGAGCAUAACGACAUGUUCGGUGGUUGGCAGAUCGAUUGGUCUUACACGUGGAAGGAGCUAUUGCAUCCUGCCAAAGUGGUGCCGAAAGGAGUCCAGAUAACGAUACCAGACGCCAAAAGAAAGAAGUUUUUCGGGUCAAGCGAAUCGACCAAAACGAUAAUUAUAUCGGAUCCCCAAGUAAGGGAGGAGUUGUGCUUUAAGAUCGAGUCGUUGCGAAGCGCCUAAGGACUGGUAUUCGUUACGCUUUUCACAUGAUAUAUCGGCCAUAUUUUUUUACUCUAAUAUUUGUCGUCGCACGGAAGCAUUUGUUAUUGUUAUUAUUAUAAUUUUGGGAUCGGCGAAAGAUAAGCUAGUCAUCUCUUUAGGUUAUGUAUAUUUUGGAUACUUAAUUGAUGCCGAACGUCCUUUAAUAUGUAAGUUGAAUCGUAAUUUUUAUGAUAUGCUUUUGGUUUGCUUUAGUGCACAAUGACAGUGUUUUGGUAUUAUUUGAUUAAAGGU